CGCCCCUCUCCCGAGAGCUACGCGGCGGUGGAGCGGAGGCCUCGUGCCGUAACGGCCAUCGCGGCGGCCGCGGCGGUGUCCCGGUUCCCUCCCUCAGAUUCUGUAAGAAACCUUAACGAAGUAGGAAAGAAUGAAGUUAAGGAGAAUUUUCUAACCCCAUCUUGGGUGGUGAGCGAAGGACCUCAAUGUCCGGUCAAAACGGAUGUUGCGUGUUUUGUUUUGUUUUGAAAGUUGAAGGCAAGACCCUCCACCAACAAAAAGGUUAUGACUUACUUAAUUUCAGUAUUUACUUUAUUUCAUUGGUCUGGAACUGAACCCACAGUAUCUCCAAGUGCUGAAGCUACUGAAAGAUGGCAGAAGAAGUGGUGGUAGUAGCCAAAUUUGAUUAUGUGGCUCAACAAGAACAAGAGCUGGACAUUAAGAAGAAUGAGAGAUUAUGGCUUCUGGAUGAUUCUAAGUCUUGGUGGCGAGUUCGAAAUUCCAUGAAUAAAACGGGGUUUGUGCCUUCUAACUAUGUGGAAAGGAAAAACAGUGCUCGGAAAGCAUCUAUUGUAAAAAACCUAAAGGAUACCUUAGGCAUUGGAAAAGUCAAAAGAAAACCCAGUGUGCCAGAUUCUGCAUCUCCUGCUGAUGAUAGCUCUGUUGACCUAGGGGAACGUCUUUAUGACCUCAACAUGCCUGCAUAUGUGAAAUUUAACUACAUGGCAGAGAGAGAGGAUGAAUUAUCAUUGAUAAAAGGGACGAAGGUGAUCGUCAUGGAGAAAUGCAGUGAUGGGUGGUGGCGUGGUAGCUACAAUGGACAAGUUGGAUGGUUCCCUUCAAACUAUGUAACUGAGGAAGGUGACAGUCCUUUGGGUGACCAUGUGGGUUCUCUGUCAGAGAAAUUAGCAGCAGUCGUCAAUAACCUAAAUACUGGGCAAGUGUUGCAUGUGGUACAAGCUCUUUACCCAUUCAGCUCAUCCAAUGAUGAAGAACUUAAUUUUGAGAAAGGAGAUGUAAUGGAUGUUAUUGAAAAACCUGAAAAUGACCCUGAGUGGUGGAAGUGCAGGAAGACCAAUGGAAUGGUUGGUCUGGUGCCAAAAAACUAUGUUACCAUUAUGCAGAAUAAUCCUUUAACCUCAGGUUUGGAACCAUCACCUCCACAGUGUGAUUAUAUUAGGCCUUCACUCACUGGAAAGUUUGCUGGCAAUCCUUGGUAUUAUGGGAAGGUCACCAGGCAUCAAGCAGAAAUGGCAUUAAAUGAAAGAGGGCACGAAGGUGAUUUCCUCAUUCGUGAUAGUGAGUCUUCGCCAAAUGAUUUCUCAGUAUCACUAAAAGCACAAGGGAAAAACAAGCAUUUUAAAGUCCAGCUAAAAGAGACUGUCUACUGCAUUGGGCAGCGUAAAUUCAGCACCAUGGAAGAACUUGUAGAACAUUACAAAAAAGCACCAAUUUUUACAAGUGAACAAGGAGAAAAAUUAUAUCUUAUCAAGCAUUUAUCAUGAUACUGCUGACCAGAAGUGACUGUUGCACAGCUCUAAUUCGUCAUGUAACUGAAGACUGAGAAAACGUCAGUACAAUCAUGCUUGAUUGGAUAUUGCUGUUUCUAACUCUACAUGAGAAUUGACUAUAAUACAUAAGUAUUUUUAUUAUAACUCAGCCCAUACAUAUAUAUACUAUGUAUGCAACCCAUCUGCAUAAGCAAUUUCUUUUCCUUGGUCUUCUGUGUUAUUGUUUUCUUUACUAUUUUUCUCUUUGCUUCUAAUAUUAAGGUUUUAUAUCUUGAGAAAAUGAUGCAGAUCGAAUGUCUUUAUAUGGAAGAAUUUCUUAUAUUGCCUUUUCUUUAUUUCCUUGUAAGGACACCAUAUUAGUCACUUCCUCAAUGGUUUUUCUUCAUGUAAAAUUAUAUCAAUAUAUGGCAUAUGCUAAAAUAAAUUUCUUGGAGAGUGUUAA